AUUCUGCCUGCAAGAACCGGCCCCUAGACCUCGUCUUCAUCAUAGACAGUUCCCGUAGUGUCCGACCUGAAGAGUUUGAGAAAGUGAAAAUUUUUUUGUCAAAAAUGAUUGAUACUCUGGAUGUCGGUGAAAGAACGACCCGCGUGGCGGUCAUGAAUUAUGCCAGCACUGUCAAGGUAGAGUUUCCUCUCCGGACCUAUUUUGAUAAACCAUCUAUGAAGGAGGCAAUAUCUCACAUUGAGCCCUUGUCUGCCGGCACAAUGACCGGCCUUGCCAUCCAAACUGCCAUGGAUGAAGUCUUCACUGAGGAAAUGGGCACCCGGCCAGCAACCUUCAAUAUCCCCAAGGUGGUCAUUGUUGUGACAGAUGGACGCCCACAAGACCAGGUGCAAGAUGUGGCAGCAAGCGCCCGGACAGCUGGCAUUGAGAUCUAUGCAGUUGGGGUAGACCGGGCAGACAUGCAGUCCCUGAGGAUAAUGGCCAGCGAACCACUGGAUGAACACGUCUUUUAUGUGGAGACCUAUGGUGUGAUCGAAAAGCUGACAUCCAAAUUCAGAGAGACUUUCUGUGCUGCGAAUGUGUGUGCGCUUGGGACCCAUGACUGCGAGCAGGUCUGCGUGAGUAACGGCGGAUCCUACCUUUGUGACUGCUACGAAGGCUACACUCUCAAUCCAGAUAAGAGAACCUGCUCAGCUGUGGACAUGUGUGCACCUGGCAGGCAUGAGUGUGAUCAGCUCUGUGUGAGUAACAAUGGAUCCUACGUCUGUGAAUGCUACGAAGGCUACUCCCUGAAUCCAGAUAAGAAAACUUGCUCAGCCAUGGACAUGUGCGCAUCUGGAAGGCAUGAUUGUGCACAAGUCUGUCUGAGUAACGAUGGAUCCUACAGCUGUGAUUGCUUUGAAGGAUACACUCUGAAUCCAGAUAAGAAGACUUGCUCAGCUGUCGACAUGUGUGCACCUGGAAGGCAUGACUGUGAGCAGGUCUGCGUGAGAGAUGAUCUGUUCUAUACCUGCGACUGCUACCAAGGCUACACCCUGAAUCCAGACAAGAAGACUUGCUCACGAGCCAUAACGAGCAGUCUCGUAACAACUGAAGAAUCCUGUAAGUGUGAAGCCAUAGCUGCCCUGCAGGACUCAGUCACCUCACGCCUUGAAGCUCUGUCCACAAAAUUAGAUGAAGUGUCUGAGAAGCUACAGGCAUAUCAAGGCAGACAGCAGAUUGUCUGA